ACUGUCAAGUUCUAAAACCUGCCCCGGUGGCUGAGCUUCAGAGUUGUUGACGUUGUACUGGAAUGCAAAGUGAAGCGAUUUUCCAACAUUUUGCAGUUUUUUGCCCAAAAAUUGUUCUUUUUAUACGAUGGAGGAAGAGUUUCUUAUAGUGCCGGGCGGUGCACCUGAUUCCUACUGUCGAUUAUGUUUGUCGACGGCCAAUGUCGAACCUUUGCUGGAAGCUACGAACGAAUUUCUGCUGCCGAAGCAAACGUUGGUGCAGCUCAUUAAACGCUACAUGGAAAUUGAUCUUUCGUUUUCGGUUAACAAUCCUUGCGGAAUCUGCAGCACCUGUCGAUUUUUAUUGGAACAGUUCGAGAACUUCCGGGAAAGAUGCCUACGAUGUGACUUUGCUCUCAACGGGAAACAAAGAAACGGCAUCCAGAGCGAGUCGAGUCUACCGUUCCAGUGUAGCGAAUGUCCGAUCAAGUUUCUCUUCAAGUCGGAGUAUGAGAAACACUGGAAAUCGUUUCACGAUCUGCCUCACCAUUGCGAUCGUUGCGAUGCCCGAUUUUCAAUGGUGAGCUUGUUGAAAUUUCAUCAGUUCCGAUAUCAUGGGAAUGCUACCGUGGACAGUCUAAAGGUGAGCUGCUCGCAUUGUCCCAGGGUCUUUGCCGAUGAGAAGCAGCUGCUGUUCCACAUACAAGUACUGCAUGGUCCAGCGCCAAAUGAGAACGAAUCUGACCAUCCAACAAAGAAAACAAAACUGGUAUUCGAUCAGCAGAACGCUCAAAGCAAAAAGCCCUUCGAGUGUGAUGUCUGUAGAAUACAAUAUCACUUUAGUGGAUCUUUAAGGCGUCAUAUGAGCGAUACGCAUGGAAUGAAGUUGGGAGAUUGGGCUGGAACGGGUCGGCGAAGGGGUGCUACUGUUGAUCAAAUUGAAAUACCUCAACCAGAGAUUGCAGUAACAGCUGCUAAUUCGUCUACACCAGUAACUGUUCCUCCUUUUGUAAUUACCAACAUCUCAAAGAAUCCGCGAAUAAAGUCGGAGCUGCCAGAUCCAGUUAGUACUACGAGCGUGGUUGUUUUUCCAGACUACGAUCAAAAACCGUUUAUAGACGAUUUGAGUCAAAUACCCAUUUCUAGGAUUGAUGAAAACCAAUCGAUAGAAGUUCAUCAACACCCAGAGUUAUGUCCAUUGGUUAUCGCUGUUAAACGGUUGGACCCAAAUUUAGUUCCACCGAUUCUAAACUACGAAAUUCCUCUUAAGAGGAUUUUUUACACACAAAAGCAGCAGCCACCUGAACUGGACACUACUGAACAGCUUGACAGGAAUAUUCCAAAGAACUGCCGAUCAUACAAGCGAAAAAAUAGAAAACUGCACAGUACCGGACAGCACGACCACAAUAUUCCGAAAAAGCGAAAAAGAAAUAGGAAAGUUUUCGUUUGUAAGAUUUGCCAGAAACAAUUUUUUCAUGCGAGUUCGCUCAGUGUGCAUAAGCAGUUUGUUCACGAAGGGGUCGCUUACCCGUGCAACGAGUGUGGAAGGCGGUUUGCACUGCGGACUACUCUGGGGCGGCAUCUCUACCAGCACAUGGGCGAGUUACGGUACAAAUGCGACGAAUGCCCGAUGUCGUUCAUCGAGCACUGCAAGUUGAGGGAGCACAAGAAUACAUAUCACGUUCCCGGUGCACCCACUCUGUUUAUACACUUUUGUCCGUACUGUAACCGGGCGUUCACUAAAAAGGCCUCCCUUCAUGGACAUGUGACGUCAAUCCAUCGCGAACAGUACAUGGAAGGUGCGCACCAGCAAGCGGCGUCGACGGAAAUGUGAAUGUACAUCAUUCGCUUUCAAAGUUUGGCGAAAUGCUAUCCAAUGAUUAUAUGUGUAAUAAAUGGAACAAGUUUUAGUUUUAGUAUGAUCAUCGAUCAGGGUGUCGAGUCAAAUUUGAGAAUAAAAUUCCCUGACUUUCCACACCAUUUCUCGAAAAAUUCCAAGUAAGAAAAA